GCCGCCGUGGCCCUGCUGCUGGCCCACCUGCCGCUGCUGCAGCCGGGCAACGCGGCGGCCAAGGCGGAGUACAUGAAGCGGCUGCAGAAGGUGCUGGCCGACGCCAUCGAGAGCAACCGCUGCGUGGAGGAGUCGCGGCAGCUGCUCUCCUACGCGCUCAUCCACCCCGCCACCACGGCCGACGACCGCAGCGCGCUCGCCCUGUGGCUGGGACACCUGGAGGAGCGCCUGGCGCCGCCGGGGCCGCCCCCCGCCCCG